CCUAGGGGUGUUAGUCACUCACAAGCUUCUCCGUGGAUAGCUUCAGAGCUGAUGCUGCACAAUGCAGCCCCUUAUCCAUGCAGGGCUCUGCCUGUUCCUCUCCUGCUACUUCCAAGAUGCAGGGGCACACAGGUACAUCUACACCCUCACUGUACCCAAUGGAGGCCCAUGGGGUGAAUGGGGGAGAAAGGAGUUUUGCACCCAUGGCUACGCUAAUGGAUUUGCAUUGAAGGUGGAGCCUUUCCAAGGCGGCGGGGUAAAACAUGAUGACACGGCUUUGAAUGGCAUUCGCUUGUACUGCACUGACGGCUCCAGCAUCGAGUCCACGGUGGGGCCGUGGGGCCGUUGGACUGGGGUCCACUGGUGCCCCAAGAGCAACCUGAUCUCCUUCUCGCUGAGAGUGGAACCAUCCCAGGGAAAGGGCGAUGACACGGCGGCCAACAACAUCCAGUUCACAUGCUCAGAUGGGACUGGGCUGAUGGGCACCUCGCAGUCCUGGGGUGAUUUUGGCCCAUGGAGCAAUCGCUGCAGCUCUGGGGCCAUUUGUGGGAUCCAGACGAAGGUGGAGGCAUCCCAGGGCCGUGGGGAUGACACUGCGCUCAAUGAUGUGAAGUUCUUCUGCUGCAACUAAAUGAGCACCUGUCCCUGCCCAUCCCCCAACACCAGCACCUGCCCGUUAAACACCAUUAAAGUUUAGCUCUGCUUUUGAAGAGGA